UUCUCAACUCUCUCUCUUCUCUCUCACUACCCCCAUUUUUGUUGUUUUUCAAGUUUUUCCAAACACCUCAUCUCUCUCUCUCUCUCUCUCUCUCUGUCUCUUUGCCCUUCCAAGAGAACCCAUUCAACUGAGCUAAAAAGAAGCAGCUUGCCAAAAAUCCUCAAGAGGUCUGUUUGUGGCAGAAAGGAAGCCAUUCCCCCCUCUCUUCUUCCCCCAUCCUCCCAGAUCUUGCCAUCCUCUACCUCCUCCUCCUCCUCCUCUUCUGUUCUGCUUGUAAAGUUCACUGCUUUUUGUUCUUGUUGGGUUUUCGGCUCGUGUGAUUUCAUGAUCGGGUCUGCUGUCUGAGCUGCUUCAAGCCCCCCUCCUUUGCUUGCUUGACGGGCUCUCGAGUCUCCCCCCCCCCCCUCUCUUUACCUUCUCUUUCUAUCUGGGGCUGCUGCGUGUAAGCUUUGUCUCAUGGUCAGUUCCUCAGUACUGUUCAUCGUAUGACAAAAGUCUCGGUUUUUUCCCCACUUUUUCCGGUUUGACGUGAAGUUCAUCUGCUGAUUGAGUUUAUACUGGAUUUGCGUCUGCCGAUUGUUCGGAUUCCGGCAACCGAUAGUGUCCCUCUCGCUCUCUCUGGUCUGCUAUUUCAUGCUGAUGAUGGAUGAAGAUUCCAGUGGGGGUUCCUCGAUUUCUCUUCGCCUUUCCUGCUUUCGCUCGUGAUGAGGUGGCUUCGGAUCAAAGCAGAUAAGACACCGAGGCGAGACCCGCGAAUAGGCAAGAGAGGAGGAGCUGGAGGGGAGGAACUUAACUAAUCAGUGAGAAUUGGUUAUGCUGAAGGAAAGGUUAUCAGAGAUAAUAAACCAAAGUAGAAGAGGAGAGGGGCUUGUGACUGUUUGGAGGAACAGCACAAGUGAGGAGAGAAAGCUUCACAUCAGAUGUUAUCCAUUGGAAAACCUCCACCAGAUCUCCCAUGUGCCUGUGAAGAACUAAUCCCACCACUGAACAGUGAUGAGAGGGCUUCUCCUUCCCCUCAACUCCCAGAUCUGACCCCUAACUUCUCCAUAAGGAACUAUGUUUUUGCUGCCCGGAGCAAGGAUAUCAGCACGAAUUGGCCUUUCUCGUCGAGAAAUCUUCAGCUUUGUCUGAAACAUGGUGUGAAGGAUCCCCUCCCUCCGUUCCAGUCCCUCGAUAAUGUCAGGAGUCAAUCAUUCCCAAGGUCCUCAGUUGAAACUAGCAGCUCUCUUGAGAAAGAGAUUAGUCGAAGGAACUCUGCCGAGGAGCCUUUGAGGCUGAACAGUGAUGACGAUAAUACUAGAUCAAACGAUGUCCAAGCAGAUAAUAAUUUUCCAUGCAUGACAACCAGUUUUUCCCCACUUGAAAUAGAAUCAGUCCCAACUAAUAGACUGUCGAAUAAUAAUUCGGUAUCAGUUGAACGCCACACUUUGCUGGGCACCUCAGUCGAAAAGGAAGUAGCGGGUCCCACAGUUUCUCGCAAGACUGAGACUGCUGCCCGAUCGACGGGUAAGAAGGGUCGACUGGUAGUAAAACUUGGUGGAAACUUAGAAAGGAGCUUGACGGAAGAUAUUGCCUCUACCUGUACUGCUGUAUCGGAGACGAUGGCAUCGAAAGUUUGCCCUGUUUGCAAGACUUUCUCUUCCUCCUCCAACACCACCUUGAAUGCGCACAUUGAUCAGUGCCUUUCUGAAGAGCCGACUCCCAAGUGGUCAGCAGGUUCAAAGCUGAUUCGGCAUAGGAUUAAGCCCAGAAAGACGAGGUUGAUGGUGGAUAUAUAUGAGACAGCUCGCCCGUGCACGUUGGAGGAUCUUGACCGGAGAAACGGUUCUAACUGGGCCACUGGGACGAGCGUACCUUCUCAAGAUACUGCCGAGGAGAAGAGCGAAAAAGUUGCUCCAGUUAACCCAGAUGAGGAUGUUGGUGCAGUUUAUAUAGACUCAAAUGGCACGAAAUUACGGAUCUUAUCGAGGUUCAGUGAUUGCCAGCCUUCUUCUUCUACGGCUGGUGAGGCUCUUGGACCAAGGAAGUGUCUGAAAGGAAAGGGAAACAAAGUUCUCCUGUCUAGGAAAAAGAAGAAGAGGAGGAGGAGGAAGCAGAAUGCCCAGAAACAUCACAAGUAUCUGAAACUCGUUUCUCAAGGCAAAGAUUUCAGCUCUCACAAGGCACGGCCGCAUAAUUCUCAGGACUUUUGUGGUCAAGAAAAGUAUGAUGGAGGAAGGGCAGAUAUUGAGGAUGCACGGAUGCUAGUUUCAAGAUCUCAAGGGUCUUUGCAACCCAGUGAUAAUGGAACCCUAAAACAGUGGGCAUGCUCCAAAAGAUCAGGUCCUUCGAAGAAGGUAAAGGGAAAAGAUCGACAUCCUGCACUGGGAUGUAAUGAAGACUUGCCUGUUGAAACCGGACGAUCAUGCUUUGCAAAUAAUCUCAUUUCUGAUGGAGACCAUUCCGAUUCAUCUGAGGAUACAAGAAACGGUGGUGGACUGGGGGUUCCAGUAAUUAAGGGUGAGACUUCUGGGAAAAGAAAACUCAGAAGUCCCUUGUUUUAUGGUGGAGCUGACGGCAAUGUAGAAGGAUCUAAAUUUCCACCGAUGAAGCGAAGAGAGAGUCAGUCCUCAGAUGUGUUCAAGCCUACUGGGGGUUGUGUAUUUCAUGGUAGCAUCGAAACGAGUAUUUCCUCUAUUGCUUAUGGAAAGUCAUCAAAACAUUCCAGCAUGUCCCCAACCAAAGUUGAGAGAUUCUCCAGAACGGAGAAAAAGGUGCUGUCCGUUUGCUCUCUGAGGAGACCAAAGUUGAAUGAUGCAAAGAGGGAUUCAACUCCUGGGCGGUCAGAAAGGCGUUUCAUGGAAGAGCUGGACGAAGAGGAUCAAGUAGAUGAGUUAGACCCUAGUCCUUCCCUCACCAGAAGUUAUUCGGGCGGUUUUGGACAAGACACAAGAAAGACCAGUGCCCUCCAGGAACCGCGGUACUUCGAUAGUGAUGAGGGAAAGAACACGGAAUCCUCCAUCAGUUUGAGUGCUGACCAAUCGGAAAAGCUCAACCGCCUGGAUUCUGUUAUGAACAAGGGUCAAGAUCAAGGGGAUGAUGGUGAUGGUGAUAUAGGUGCGUUCGAGCUGCACUCCAAAUCGGUUUCUGAGGACAAUGAUUUGAAUUUCAGCGAGUAUCUGAAUCAGGGAACUCCAAUUGAGAACAGAAGAAUCCACGCUCGAGGCUCCACUGAGAUAUACAAGGGCGGCUUGUGUGACAUUGAGGGUCCAACUUUCCCGGAUAUUGUCGAAGAAGAUGUUGGUGAUGGCGCGAAUCGACAGGAUUCUGAUGUAAAUAUGGACCUUGAUACUCAAGUGGGACAAGAAUACGAAGUUGAGCGAAUUCUGAUUCCAGGCCCACCUGGGUCCUUCCUCCCAAGCCCUGGGGCUCUGGGCUCGGAGGAAUUUCCAGGGAAUUCAUCCUUAACUACAAGUCGGGUCCAGUCUUCUCAGGAGCAGCAAGAGUUGGUCGAUGGAGAUUCCUCAGAUUCUCCGGUUUCUGCGACAUCUACUGUCUCUAACUCUGCUCCUGCUGGGUCCGAGAAAUGUGUGGAUCUGCCGGUGUCUGCAGGCCCUCCUCCACCACUUGAAGAAAAAUCAUUGUCAGGUUUCUCUAGUGAUGGUGGCAAUGCUGAGCCUUUAGUAUUGAAUGCUGCUUCAAGCCCCCAGCCUUCUACCAUGGGGGUUACAUCAGAAAGAAAGAUUAUUGAAAGAGGUCCAUUAAUCUUGAAGAAUGAUGAUCAGCCAUGCUGUUGCCAGAGAAAGGAGAGGAGCUCUCAAGGAAUUGUCCCAAACUAUCAAGAGUCCCAACUGCUGAGGAGGAGGAACCUUAAUUCUUUAACAGCAAUUGGGUUAGGAAAGCGCCUGAAUCGGAGCCUUAAUGCGACUUCCAUUCCUGGUGAGGGUAGGCUUGAAAUGCUCCCACGGAGUGCUUCCCAGGACAAUGAGUCAAAAAUGACAAGAUCGGCGUCAGUUCCAGUUACUUCGAAGUGUUCGACUGAUAAUGCGGCAAAAGUUUCUGAUCGUGGCGACUGCGACGCUGUUACUCCAUCUGUGUCUAAUCCCGUGCUCAGGUUGAUGGGUAAGAACUUGAUGGUGGUCAAUAAAGAAGAAAAUGCUGCAACCCCUCUUGGGCAUCCUCAGUCUGCUGGCACCUGGAACAACAACCCAAGCUCUUCCCAAGUUUCAAGAGUGACCGGUGUUUCUUAUAGCAGUGUUCCCGUUUCAUCGAGUGGUCUUAGGCCAGCCCUCAGUAAUAAGUUGACGGCGGUAAUGGAACCUCCAACACAACAGCCUGGCAUGUCCUCAAACUGGUAUUGGUCGGGGUAUAGUGAUGGUAGUUGCUACUUCCCGAGUCAACCGCCAAGAAGUAAUGCGCUAGUUCCAGAUUCUCGAGAUUUGAGACCCAUGAAAGAAAUCAUCAUCAUUGACGAUGCCUCGGAAGAUGAAAUUACCGAUAUGCCUGCCAGCAUGGUGAGACGGGGCGGUGGCUCGAAGGAAAGACAGGCAGCAGUCACACCUGUUGUUUCAUUUCCAAUGAAAGCAACAAUCAGUUAUGACCCGAGGCUGGUGGGGACGCACCCCUUCAACCACCCUUCUCAGGAUCCUUCCUUCUUCAGUCAAGUGCCUAUCUCAAGGCGGGCAGGUUCGAGUCCCAUAGGUGUCCGGUGGUGCUCUUCUUCGGAAGGUCCUGGACCAUUCCAGCGGGUUCAUCUAGUGCCGGCCCCAUCCCCAAAUGUCCAUAUCCGGUCUCCAAUGCCAUACUCUCCGGGCCUAUCAUAGCGAAUAUCCCUAGGUUAAACAAAACCAAACAGAAAUGCUCUUUCCGCACCGCAAAAUAGAGGUUGCAUUUUAAAUUUUAUGUACUACUACUUUCCUAACUUAAAAGCAAGCUUGCUACUUUUGCUUCUCGGCAUGUUUUAAGGCUUUUUACUUGCAGAGACUAGAAAAUGUAUACACAAUCCAGUCCGAUAAUAAUCGAUGCGGAGGGACGUUGGCAUAACAGCCCAAGCCAUGAGUUCCCUUCUGAAGAUUUUCGAUUCA